UGCAACAAUUAAAGGCAAGGUGGUUUGACUGGUUUCAAUGGCAACGAGAGAUUUCUUCCAGCGGUACCACGUGACGCUUGAGAUAAAAAAAGAACGUUGCAAGACCCUGAAUGUGACCCUUUCGACUCCUCUGGUGCAUUCCUCUAUGUAUACAAGACAGUCAUGCAGUUUGUCAUUUUCGCUCUCUGUUAUUCGUAAAUGUUUCUAAUUAACAUUUUUUAUAAUUUGAUUUAUUUUUCUUUUGUCCAAAGACUGACGCAAGGACACCGUACUCGGCCGUAAUUUCAGUUAUACACAAAAGUAGUCCAGAAUGAGCCUCACAAAUGACACAGGAGAGCAGCUUUCAAUAUCGGAGAGGAUUGACCUCCAAUUUAGUUCCCAACAGAGUGACGAAAUUUGGACAAAUUAUUGCUCGGAAUUACCAUCAGCUGAAAAUGAAGAUGCGCAAAUAAGCGGAACCGAAUCUGCUCUUGAUAUAUUGGAAGUUACAUUUAAGCAGGAAGAUCCUGUUGUGCCACAGCAGACCAGGAGUGAAGUUGAAAACGCCACGAAUCCAAAGACUGACUUUGAAAAUUUCUUCUGUCAAACUAAAGUGAAAAUUAGAGCCAAGCGCCAAUGUGAAUACUGCCUUAAAUUUUGGUCGAUCAAUGGAAAAAUUUUCAAAAAACACUCAACUUCUCAGCUCUGCCCAGAAUGCGGUGUGCUUAUAGCGUGUGCUGGUUUGGCAGAAACUCACAAAUCAUUGUCGAAUUGCGAGAUGCAAAUAUUGAGCGGGGAAACUGAGAAAAAUGUGCACGAAAGAGUUGCCUGCAAACUUUGCCAUCAAUUUUACAAGUCAGAAAAAUGUCAUUUUGGGCUUUUACAAUACAAGUCUUGCAAGAAUUGCCGGCAGAAGUUUGACUGCAGAGGUCUUUGCCGAAAACACGAAGCCCAGUGCUGCAAAUUUCUCUGUUGCAAAACUUGCGGUCAAAAUUCCAGAGAUAAAAAGUCUCUUCUUAUACACAUUAAACAGAGGUGCUGCAAACGAUGUUCCCAGAUUAGUCGGUGCUACAACCAAUUUUUGCAACACGACUGCUCAGGGACGAAAAUUUGCUCUGAAGAUAGAAAUAUUGAAGAAAUAAAUCGAGAAAAUCCUUCCGUUUUAUCCAUUACCCGGACCGGAUUAUACCCCCGGACCGGAUUAUACCCCCGGACCAAAUGUAAAUAUUGUCAGCAAUUGUAUUAUUCUGAUAAAGCUCAUUUUGCAAGAAUCCGUACUUCUUGCCGCAACUGCAAGCAGAAUUUCGAGUGCAGGGGUCUUUGCAUUGAACAUGAGCGUCAGUGCUGCGAAUUUCUCAAGUGCAAAAUUUGCAGGCAAAAUUUCACCACGAAAACUGGUCGGAAAAUUCACACAAAAGAGAGGCGCUGCAAAUAUUGUCCACACGUUAGCCAGUGUAACAGCCUCUUUAAAAAGCACAAAUGUUCAGAAAAAGGUGGGGACAAAGCUGAAGAGGUAAUUGUUGUUGGUGACGAUGAACAAAUUCAAGAAAUUGAGCCCCCGUUAUCAAAAAUGCAGUGCCGGUUUUGCCAACUUGUAUGCAAAUCGAUCGAAAAUUUUGAGUGUCACAAUCGGCCUAUCGACUGCCCUCGUUGCGGAUUUGCCCAGCCGUGCAACACCCUUUUGGCCCAUCACCUAGACGUGUGCCGUUUUGAGCGGAAAGAUGAUUCGCACCAGAGAAUGUCAAACUUAAAUUAAAUCGAGUGAAAAUUUCAUUUUAUGCUGGUAUUUGUUUGAAUUUAAAAAAUUUUUAAAUUCAAAUAAUGAAUAUUGCAUUAAAUUUAAAAACCACAUUACUUUGUGUAAUUUUUCAUUAUUUACUGUAAACUUUUGUGAGAAAUGAGUUUGAAAUUAAUAGAAUAAAUCGUGUAAUUUUAUAAUUUCUCAUAAAAAUUUGGAUAAAAUUAAAAUUUUUGGAGG